AGAAUAUCCUGAUGAAAUUAGGUCACACUCGCACCCGCACCACCACCGAUCAGAAGCCACCACGCCAACGCUGCGCCGCCGCCGAACUUUGGAGAGGAGACGCGGAGGACGGGAAGAUGGGAUUCGAGAAGGAGAUCCUGAAAGCCGGCACCGGCCCCAAGCCCGUCAAGGGCCAGAAGGUCACCGUCCACUGCACCGGCUACGGGAAGGAUGGUGAUCUGUCUAAGAAGUUUUGGAGUACCAAGGACCCUGGGCAGCAGCCAUUCUCUUUCAACAUUGGUCUGGGUUCAGUGAUCAAAGGAUGGGAUGAGGGAGUUAUGGGCAUGCAAUUGGGUGAAGUCGCCCGUCUUACGUGCACCCCAGACUACGCUUAUGGAACUGGUGGCUUUCCAGCCUGGGGAAUUCAACCAAACUCCGUGCUGAUAUUCGAGAUCGAAGUUCUUAGCGCCAAGUGAUUCAUGAUGGAUCCAUAGGGCACUGCCGCAUCGCCAUGCCUCUCGAUUACCAAAAUAAUUGUAAUGCCACAUCAUGUUAAGUGCCACAUUAUGGUGAAUGCAUCGAGUGAAACUUCGGAACCCUAUUAUCCUUA